AGUGACACCUGUCAAGCUGUCGGAUUUGCAAAUUGAUUUUGGGUAUUGGUUUGCUUGCUGUCGUUUAAUUGUUGUUUAGAAAAUAAAAAUUUGUGUUACAUUUUAUCUCUGCUGAAACAUUGACAUUUACACGCACAGUUUAGUUAAAUUGUAAUCAAGUAACUGCAUACAAAAACUGGUACUAUGACGAGUGCGGACAGGAUUGAUUUUGAAAUGGAAGUAGAAGUAGAGAGUGCAUCAUCAGGACCUCCGGUAGACGUUCCUAAUCCAACAUCACCUGCUCCUCCAACACCAGGUGGUAACAAAAAUGUCGUUGUCACGACUGCUACAGCUGGGUCUGUUACAGUUUCUCUGCAUCCUUUGGUUAUCAUGAACGUUUCUGAACAUUGGACUCGACUGCGUGCGCAAGAAGGUUCGCCCCAAACCGUGGUUGGGGCAUUGAUUGGUAAACAGAAAGGUCGCAACAUAGAAGUGAUGAAUUCAUUUGAGUUGGUGUUCAGUGUCAUUGAUGGUGACAUAAUUAUUGAUAGAGAUUAUUACAAUUUAAAAGAAGAGCAGUUUAAACAAGUGUUUUCCGAUAUGGAUUUCCUUGGCUGGUAUACAACUGGUGAGGCACCGACUGAACGUGAUAUUGCAGUUCAUAGACAGAUAUGUGACAUAAAUGAAUGUCCAGUGAUGCUUAUGCUCAAUCCUGCUGGUAUUAAUGGUGAACAAUUACCAGUAGUGCUGUAUGAAUCUGUGAUAGAUGUUGUGAAUGGUCGCGCCACUAUGCUGCUUGCCCCGCUCACAUAUACUUUAGCUGCAGAAGAGGCAGAAAGAAUUGGAGUAGACCAUGUGGCCAGGGUGUCUUCAGGAGAGGCAGCUCUUAACAGUUUAGUGGCGGAGCACCUCACAGCGCAGCGGUCAGCUAUCAAGAUGUUAGUGUCACGUGUGCGGGCAGUGCUAGCAACGGUGCGAGCCAUCCGUGACGGCACGCUGCCGCCACGCCCUACCCUGUUGCGCGAGGCUCGAGCGCUUGCCAACCGCCUGCCACUCCUCACCUCGCAGCAGUUCCGCACACACUUCUAUAACCAAUGCAAUGAUGUUGCUCUGAUGACAUACCUAGGCACUAUCACCAAAGGCUGCAACGGAAUCAACCAAUUAGUGAACAGGUUCAAUGUACUGUAUGACAGACAGGGGAUGGGUCGGCGCAUGAGGGGACUUUUCUUUUAGGGCGGUCGCUAAUAUUAAUAAAUGGAUUAGAUGAAACGGAAGAGCUACUUUUAAAUAUUUGAACGAAUAUUCCGUUUCUUCUAAAGGUGAUUAUGUGGUACAAUAUAAUCGUGAACUUCAAAUGGCGUGGCACUAUUGCUAUUCUUUUUUUUUUUGAAGAAAAUUAAAUGGAUGGCAAUAUUUUUUAAAUACAGUGUUUUUGUGUUACAACAGUUGGGAUUCACAGUAAAAAUAUUUCUUCCGUCAUCAAAGGGAUAGUUGUUCAUGUUCAAAACAAUGUGAAAUGAUGUAACUAUACUUUUACUGUUUGAAAAGAAAAUAUUAGUUCAUAUUCAAUUAUGUCGCAGUUAUUCGAUGCAUGUAUAGUUUGAAUCAUUUUUAUACAACCUUCAUGCGGUCGACAAUCGCCAAAGUGACUGAAUGUAAAUGUAAUUAAUAUUAAUAAAUGCUGCUUAUGCAUAAUUAAA